GAUCAGUCUUUGAGACGCGUGUUUGGCGUGCAGAUCGCGUCCGAGAACCUCGCAACGAGUUUCACCCUUUGCAUCGAAUUUGACGCCCGGCACCAAGUGAUAAGGUCGCACGGCACGCGAAACUGCUCAAUAAAACUGGACAGUACCAAGUGCCCGGUUCUCAGUUGUACCGCGGACAUUGACGUACACGCAUAAGAUUCCCGAUUCCCGAUUCACAAUUCCCGACUCACGAUUCACGCUCUACGAUAAAUCCGUGAAAUGCUGCAGCCAGCUAAUCUAAUCGCGCUGUUGUGCCUCUGCCUAUCUCUGGGCCCGUCUGACUCACGCUCGCGGCCCAAUGAUCUGACCAUCACGAAAUUCGUAUCGCUCUACAGCGCCGGCACAUCGCACGUGGAAAUAUUGCUGGGCGACAACCGACCCAGUCCGGAUACGUACAAGACGAUGCGCAAUGCCCUCUUCCGCUACGAGGAAUCCAGAGCACUUGGCUACGACGUGGAGCUGAACACGCGUGAGCGACAGGCGAACGCGACCAUAAUGGAGGCCAAGCUGGCUGAGAUUGAGCAGGGCGAAAUUACGCCGCAUCUGUUCAAGCCCUCGCAACACAUCUUCGAUGUGCUAGAGGCCAUCAAUAAUACAAAGUUGUUCCAGCUGCUCCAGCACAUGCCCAAAGGUGCGGUGUUGCAUGCCCAUGACACGGCGCUCUGCAGCACCAAUGCCAUUAUUGAGUUGACCUAUUAUGACAAUCUGUGGAUCUGCCAGCAGGCUGGCGACCUGAGUGCCUCAGCUCUGCGCUUUGCUGAGGAGAAGCCCACGCCCUUGACCGAAGACAACUGCGACUGGAGCCUGUUGUCCGAGGUGCGCGCCCAAUACGGCGCAGACAGGGUGGACGCCUACUUGGGCGAGCGUCUAACUCUGUAUCCGACCACAGACUUUCAGGAUAUUAAUGCAGCUUGGUCCCGAUUUAUGGAAAUCUUCGGACUUCUGGAUGGCCUGCUCAUGUAUGCGCCUGUCUGGGGCGAUUAUUACUACAAGGCGCUGCAGGAAUUUUCGGCCGAUGGUGUUCAAUAUCUGGAAUUCCGUUCCACACUUCCCACACUCUACGAUCUGAAAGGAACUGUAUAUACACCGCUGGACACUGUGCGCAUCUAUGUGGAGACCCUAGAAAAGUUCAAGAACCAGCCGGAGAACAAGGAUUUCAUAGGUUCGCGUAUGAUCUAUGCGCCCCUGCGCAAUACCGAUGCCGAAGGCGUGGCACGUUACAUUGAAACCCUUAAGCAGGUUAAGGAAAAGUACCCGGAAUUCUUGGCGGGCUUCGAUUUGGUUGGCCAGGAGGAUGUAGGCCGUCCACUCAGAGAUUUCGUUGAUCAGCUGCUGGAAGUGCCGGAGGAUAUUGAUUUCUAUUUUCAUGCAGGCGAGACGAAUUGGUAUGGAUCUUCUGUCGAUGAGAAUCUGAUCGAUGCUCUGCUGCUGCGCACCAAGCGCAUUGGUCAUGGUUUUGGUCUGGUUAAGCAUCCGGUUGCGCUCAGCUUGGUCCGAAAGAUGAACGUGGCCAUUGAGGUGAAUCCCGUGUCGAAUCAGGUGCUAAAAUUGGUCAGCGAUUUUCGUAAUCAUCCCUGCUCUCAAUUCUUUGCCGAUGGCUAUCCUGUCGUCAUAUCAUCCGAUGAUCCGAGCUUCUGGAAGGCCACACCCUUGUCCCAUGACUAUUAUAUUGCCUUUCUGGGCAUCGCCUCGCAGCAUGCAGAUCUGCGGCUGCUCAAAAAGCUGGCACUGAACUCCAUUCAGUACAGCUCCCUCACCGUCGACCAGAAGAUCGAUGCGCUCUCUAAAUGGCAGACGAAAUGGGACGAGUUCCUGGACUACGUAAACAACGUCCAGCCGAGCAGUGCAUCCAGUCAACACCUCGAUUGACUAGCACGGGUGGUGGCAGCGCUUUUGGCUAUGUUCUCCCUCCUGAACGCCGGCCUUUGGCGCUAGUCUGGACUGCCUACGAUUUCUAGCGGACCAAUCUUACACGAUGAUAACAUUGGCACCGGAUGCCUCGUUUAUACUCAGCUGUGGCACAGUGUAUUUGGGUCUUACACUGGCUUCCUAUUCACGCACCUGUUCAUCCGAAUUCAUAUCCCGUACGCUAUUUCGUUUUAAGCUAAUUAAUAUUGAUUAGUGCUUAGGUAUAUUGUUAAGUUCUUCUGCUCACUCGACUUUCACGUUAAGUACAUAAGAGAUUUCGCACUUUAAUUGAUCUGUUUAUAAGCUUUUGUACUAAAACCUCUGAAUAAAGAGUUCGGCUUACUAGCUCGUAA